AUGGGUAAAGACAAAAGGACUGUUGUAUUCAGAAACUUGAGCGCGAAGGCUUCUCUAUGUUGCACCGAUACGCCGGUCAUGAGGGGUAUGCUCGUAUCGGAUACUCCUCCGAUACGUAUCAGAUACGGAAAACGACGUAUCGUGGACUUUUCUGUUAUGUUGACCAUCUUCGAUACGCCAUGGACACACGAGCGAUACGCUCAAGGAUAUGGCGGGGGUAUAUCGCAAUAUACUUAG